CCACCGACCCACCAAAAGCCCCCUUUCGACCCAUCGGUUUGUUGGUUUGUCCGGCUUGUACAGUCAGAUUCUCCCAUUCAAACCCAAGCGUUUGUCUUGGAUCGUAUGAGCUCCGGCACACAGGGCGCUGGAUAAUCACAGCUACAUCUGAUGGUGCACAACUGCACUGAACUGCAUCGAAUUGCACAGCACACCGCGGCGAGCGAGGGUGGACGCUACAUGAUGACGUCCGGCUUGGGGAGAAGACCACCUCUGCUGCGAGUGAGAAUGGAAUUUCUCCAGUGGUCCACGAUUGCGCUGGUCAUUGUGGCGUGUGUGCUGAAUGCAGCCCACAUCUCGGCCACUGCUCAGGGAGAACAAGAUGAAACGGUGGAGGAAACGAAUUCUUAUAUAUUGGAUAAAGAUUUACCCAAGUUCGGAGAACCGAUUCAAAAUCUUACCGUACCGGUCGGACGAGAAGCGAUACUGACCUGUGUCAUUAACAAUCUUCAAACAUACAAGGUGGCGUGGCUGCGUGUCGAUACGCAAACAAUACUGACGAUUCAAACGCAUGUCAUUACGAAAAAUCACCGCAUGACCAUCGCACAUGUCGAGGGCCGUGCCUGGGUGUUACGCAUUCGCGAUGUAAAAGAAUCGGACAAGGGAUGGUACAUGUGCCAGGUCAACACCGACCCGAUGCGUAAUCAGAUCGGCUACCUGAACGUUGUAGUGCCGCCCAACAUACUGGACUAUCCCACCAGCACCGAUAUGGUCGUGCGCGAGGGAAGCAACGUUACGCUGAAAUGUGCCGCUUCCGGUUCACCGACUCCUUCCAUCAUUUGGCGACGGGAAGGCAAUGAGCCUGUCAGCGCGGGCGCGACCAGCCUGAACAGCUCCACCUUUUCCAUUUCGCGAGUUAAUCGACUGCAUAUGGGGGCAUAUUUGUGCAUCGCAUCGAAUGGUAUCCCACCGUCGGUCAGCAAACGCGUCAUGUUGAUUGUCCAUUUCCCACCGAUGAUAUGGAUCCAAGAUCAGCUUGUUGGCGCCGCCCUGGGACAGCGUUUGACUCUCGAGUGUCAAUCGGAGGCUUACCCACGCUCUAUCAAUUACUGGAUGAAGAAUGACACCAUCAUAACGCAAGGCAAACACUUUGAACCUUCGAUUAAGGAGAUCAACAGCUACAAGGUGGUGAUGAAGCUCACUAUCAAAGACAUCAACAUUGCCGACUUUGGGACGUACAAAUGCGUCGUAAAAAAUUCACUCGGCGAAACGGACGGUUCAAUUAAAGUGUAUCAUAUUCCAUCUACUACUGCAAUGGCUACCAGUCCACCCGUAACGACAACCGUUGCAACCACCACCGAAACAGUGUUUCGGAAAAAUUAUAAAAACAAAAUCUAUCGCCCACCGUUGGACGAAUUUUCAUCAUCAUCCAAUAAGAUCAUGGGCGCAGGGGACAGUUCCGAAACGUGGAACAUCGAUGGAACGAUUGAGAAAGAUCGUGAUCAUCGAUACCGAGACAAUGGGGCCAGCUACAACGAGGAUCAACGGGAAAAGGAAGCAUUCGUUGAUACGGAAGGAAAUUCACAUGCCCCUCCGCACUGGUCACCCGCAGGAAGCGGUCUACUGAUCCUUGCCUGUUACACACUGUUGAUAGUUACGAUCAGCGCCAGGUGAUUUCCGCGUUAGAUCCACUUACUGCAAGGCCGAGAUGCGUACACGGACAACUUAACAAUUACACAAACACAACAUUACUGAACUAUAGAUAAAUUAUGAGACUUAAGUGACAUAGGAAUCAGGCCAAAACAAACAAAACAAAACAAAAAUCCAGUUAGCAAAACGAUUGAUUGUGUCGCUGAGUGUUGGUAAGAGGAGCACUGUAAAUGUGAAAUUUCGCUACGUAAAGCGUAACCAAAUAAACGGACGAUUCAAAAUCGAGCAUCCCGCUUGGAGAAACAAUGUUAAAAGCUGACAAUGUAAUAAAGGUUUUUUUUAUAAUA